AUCAGCCACUGCAUUGUGGCAAAACGCUUGAACGAGACGUUUGUUGAGUUUCGCCAAUUAACAUUGGUUAUUGCCAUCUGUUGUCAGCACAAUUUGGAUAACACACAGAAGAGCAGCAUGUCUAUGAAGUCACAUAAGAUGGUGAAGUUACCAGCCAAGGAGAUGAUCCUGACAAGAUAUAAGUCGGCACAACAGCAGCGACAGCUACGCAACAAGGAUCGCAGUAUGAAGAACAUUACGCAGUUACUCAAAUCACCUACAAAAUCUGGACAGAAGAAACCAAGACUGUCACCGAAGAAACCACAGAAGAUUCUAGAAAAUUCCAGCACUCUAACACCAAAAAAAUUACAAUUGGAAAGUAAUGAUGCACCGCAAAUAGUGAAUGUAUCGAGGAAGAAAGUGAAACCAGAACAAAAGGUUUGGUUGAAGCCAACGUAUGAGAUGAAACUGGUGGCUAAGACGAACAAACGGAAGCUGUGCACACCACAACGAGAUAUAAUGUCAUUGCCACUGGAAACCAACAUCCGGUGCUCCUCCAGAGACCAGAGUCCAGUCUACUCCGAGCUGAGUAUGUCAGAGAUGGUGAGGAUAAUCGAAGACACCGGACAGCUGGACGAUGAGGACCUAAUGGAGAUACUGACCUGCCCGAGUCCAGUGUGGUGGGAGGAUCCACCAGAAGCCUGGUACACUGAGAAACCCAUACUUACCAGAGCAACACCGCCCAAAAAGGAUCCACAAAGCCUUCUAAAAGAUAAAUCUAUUGCAACCAAAAUUAUAAACACACAAACAAACAAACAUGAUCCUAAAUUUGUUAGAAAACAGACAAAACUUGAACAUUUACUUAAUAAUAUAAAACAUAAAAGUAAUAAAACUGACAUGUCCAAACAUGUUGAUUUAACUACGAACAAAGACGAACAAAAUAAUGUAUCAAAUGAAACUGUUACUGAUAAAGAAGCUGAUAACGAAACAUGUCCAAGAAAAGAUUCAGAAAACAGACAAUCGGAAAGUACUGAAGAGGACCUAUCUCAUAUUAUAUUCCAUGACGACAUGCUAACCGAUUUAGAGAAUAUGGAAAUACCUAUUGACAACAAUGAUACAGCAACACAACACGACGAAGUCACUAGCACAACACGGACGAAUGACAAUAAAAAUAAAAAACCUGAAACACCACCGCCUCUAGAACACAUAAACGAUGUAGAAGAUCAUUUGAAAACGUCUAUAAUUGAUAAAAAGAAGCUCAAUCUGCGAGAUCUAAGUAUGGUACCGAAAGACUUGCCACCUCUGAAAAAAUACCCUCUGAGCAGCAACAAAGGUGCGUUUACAUCUCCUGUAUCUAUUAAAAGUUCUGACGAAUCCUCAAGUGUAGAUCAUGAAAUAGAUACAAUAUCUGAUACUAAUAUAAAGUAUUUGAUAGAAGAUGAUGAACAGACUAAUAAUGCCGAUGGUGAUAAUGCGGAUGACAAAAACGGCAAAUCAUCUAAGAGCGAGGAAAUGGAAGCAAUAGAUGACACAUCAAAAGUUAUAUUAGACAAAAUAAAACAGUUCUUCUUAAAAAAGUCCAAAAAUAAAAAAGGUAUUGGACGCAAUGUGAAUGAGGGUAAAACUGAAGAAGAUAAUAAUGACAUAGACAAGAAGAAUUUUAUUACAGUUUAUAGAAUAAUCUCUGAUGAUAUUGACGAUGAUGCUAAAUCAACAAUUCCACGCAACGAUAAACAUACAAAUGAAACUCACUCAGAAGUCUCUAAAGGCGAGAGUCCGAAAGAAGUAGAGAGAAGUAGAGCCCAACUGAAUUCUUUUUACAAAAAAUGUAAAAGUAUCAAUAGACGAAAAAAUAAUGAAAUAAUCAACACGGAAAACCAUAAAAAAGAUAUAACAAAUAAAAUUAAUGAUACAGAUUUAAAAAGUAUUGCACCAAAGACAAUGGAAUUGAAUGGAAGCGUGAAAUAUUGUUUUAAAUGCUCAUCCAUCUUCGAAACCUCAUAUUGUACAUACUGCAAUAAGAGUAAUGGCAACACAGAGGCUAUAAACGGGAAGUGCAGUCACAAAAUAGAUAAAACAGUUUACGAAAUGCAACCCUGCAGUGUAUGUGAAAACUGAUUUGUCUUAUCUAUUCCCAUCCUUAAUUGAACAACCCCUUGGAAAAUUGGAAGUGUAUUUAGGGGCAUUGAUCAUGUGGCAAGAAAGGCAAAUACAGUAAGAUCCCGUUUAACGAUGUUCAGUUUAGCGCUCCUUUAUUUCAACCCUGGGAUUCUUUGAAUUUGUGCGCGAAGUUUCCAAAUAUGUACAACAGAAAGACGUCGAGGAAAAAGUUCAAGAAACAGCAGCUAUUAUUUUAUUGAGUUGUUUGGGCUAUUGUCAGAUAUUUAGCACCUGUAGCACUGCGACCUACAUAGAUCUAUUGUGCUCGCCCUUUAUCAAAGUUCGCUACCUAGACCCGUCAGGGACAAGAAUUGAAGGACAUUCUUACGAGCGAUGGUUUUUAUCUCCUCAGGAUAGCGUGUAAACUUUCUAAAGGAGAUAUUUCGUUUAUGCAUGAGUGGGCUACAAACACAUAGGAUGUGUAGAGGCGUUUCCUCUUCAGUUUGGCAGAAUCUGCAGAUUCUUGUCGUGCAUAGGCCUAGUUUAGCCAAGACAGCAGCUAGCCUUUCUAAUGAGCUUAAGGAAAUAACUGAGCAUGAAGAAAAAAUAUUAACAGUACUGAUUCUGAAGAAAGGAAGACAAACAGCCUCGUAUAGCGCCGUUUUGUUUAGCAAUGUUUCGGUUACAAAGUUUCCAGGGAGAAGCGUACACAAGCUGACAUGUACAUUGGUAUGUAUGGUCAUCAGAUAGUAAUAUGGACAGAUGAUCUUAUCGCUAACAAUGUAACAUGUCAGGUUGAGCUCCAUGCGGUUUCCCCUGGAAGCUAUCCUGAUGAAAUUCCUGGUGAAUUUGUCACGGUGUGCUAACUGACCUGACCACAUCAUCAU